AUGGGUUCACCAAUUUUUAUGUUAAUUAAUUUAUUAUUUGAUCCGGAUGUUUCAAAUAAAGUUAUAUUAAAUAUGGCUUGGUCUCAAGUUAAAGCAAUUGGAAUUGGUAAAGUAUUAGCUGCUUUAUUAUCAGCAUUACAAGUUGGUGUUUCAUCAUUUAUUAGAAUUCCACAAAUUAGAAAAUUAUUAAUUAAAUCAGAAACUGAUAGAAUUAAAGUUGCAAAAGGUUUAUCAUUAGAAAGUUUAUCACUUGAUACAUUAAAUUCAUUAAUUCAUGUUUCAUUUAAUUCUCAACAUAAUAUUCCAUUUAUUAAUUAUGGUGAAAGUUUAUUAUUAGGUAUACAAAAUGCUAUAAUUAUUUUAUUAAUGAAAUAUUAUAGAUUAAGAGAUAAUGGAGAAAUUAAAGAUAUUAAUUCAAUUCCAUCUUAUAAAGAUAAAUUUUUAAGUGUUUUUGAAGGUUUAGCUACACCAUUAGGUAUAAUGAUUGGUUCAACUAUUUUCUUUACAAAAUUAGCACCGUCUAAUUUAAUUUCAAUUUUAGAAAUUUUAAAUAUUCCAAUUUCAAUAAUUGCAAAAUAUCCACAAAUUAAAGUCAAUUACGAAUUGAAAACUGCUAAACAUUUAAGUGAUGUUGUAUUAAAAGCGAAUGUUGUUGGUUCAUUAAUUAGAGUUUAUACUUCAUUUACUGAUUAUUCUACAAAAGCUAAAAAGAAUAAGAAUACGAUUGAUGAAAAGAUAUUAUUAGCAGGUUAUACAACUUCAUUUAUAUUAAAUUCUGUUUUAUUAGGUCAAUCAAUUGUUUAUGAUAAAUUAAGACCAAAUUCAUUAGAAAAAGAUGAAAAAAAAUUGCAAGAAAAGAAGGAUUGA